AUGAAGUUCAGGAAGAACGACAGCAAAAGGGUAAGGGCAGUAUGUAAGGUGAAGGAUUGCAAAUGGGUCGUAUACGUCUCGAGGGACCACGGAGACAGUUGCUGGCAAGUGAAGACAUUCUUGAAUGAUCAGACCUGUCCAAGAGAGGAUAGGAACAGGGCAGCAAAUAAAAACUGGGUAGUAGGUAAGUUGAUGAAAAAGCUAAGGAAAUAUCCCGAUUUCAGGAACUGUGAGGCUACAACUUUUUUCAAGACGAAAUACGAUUUGUCGCUCAAUAGGAAUUCAAUAUCACAGGCAUUGUGUGAUGCUAGGAAUGUAGUUUAUGGGGAUACAAAGGAGCAAUAUGCCAUGUUGAGGGACUAUGGUGAAACUCUGUUGAAGACCAACCCGGGAUUGACAGUUCAGAUUUGCACAAAACCACAACCUAGUGAUGACGUCAUCUUUGAGAGGAUGUACAUCUGUUUGAGUGAGUGCAAAUCUAGUUUCAGGGCUGGUUUUUGUCCAUUAAUUGGACUUAAUGGGGCCUUUUUGAAAACUGUAUUCGGGGGAAAAAUCCUAUCUACUGUUGGACAAGAUGCUAAUCACCAUAUAUAUGUUAUUGCGUGGACAAUUGUAGAAGUGGAGAACUUUGAGAAAUGGAGGUGGUUUCUAGAGUUGCUACAUGAAGACCAUGGAGACUAUAAGACUCAUGGGUGGAACUUCAUCUCUGAUAUGUAA